CCACCCACUCCCCCCUUUCCCAAACACGACUCUUCCCCAUCGCCACAGGAGUCCGGACUCCGGACAGAGCAAUGGACUUGGUGGCCGGCCGAUCGAUAGAUUCUCCCCACCCAGGCCGUCGAUCGACAGCAACCAUCUAGGACUAGGAAAGCCUGAGUGCCUGACGCACGCGGUACGCCUCGGCAGCUGCUCGUGCUCCAGCAGGUAGCUAGCCUAGCCAGGGCCGUCGCGCUGGAGGAGCGAGCGAGCGAGCGAGCUAGUCCAGAGAUCUCUCUCUCCUCUCCUCGCCUAUAAGUACGUCAGGCCGUCGUGGUGCAAUAGCAACGACGACGGCCUCACCGAAACCACACACACGCAGCUAGAGCUGCUAGCACGGGCGAGCUGAGAGAGCUGGCCGCCUUCACACACACACCGCCACUCCUGCUCGCCGGCGGCGGAGAAGGAUCGGUGGUGACAAGAAGGAGGAGAAGAAGAAGAAGAUGGUGGGGAGCGGCAUGCAGCGCGGGGACCCGCUGGUGGUGGGGCGCGUGAUCGGCGACGUGGUGGACCCGUUCGUGCGGCGGGUGGCGCUGCGGGUGGGCUACGCGUCCAGGGACGUGGCCAACGGCUGCGAGCUGAGGCCGUCCGCCAUCGCCGACCCGCCGCGCGUCGAGGUCGGCGGCCCGGACAUGCGCACCUUCUACACGCUGGUGAUGGUGGAUCCGGAUGCUCCAAGCCCCAGCGAUCCCAGCCUUAGGGAGUACUUGCACUGGCUGGUCACCGACAUCCCGGGGACGACAGGAGUAUCUUUCGGGACCGAGGUGGUGUGCUACGAGGGCCCGCGGCCGGUGCUCGGGAUCCACCGGCUGGUGUUCCUGCUCUUCCAGCAGCUGGGCCGCCAGACGGUGUACGCGCCGGGGUGGCGGCAGAACUUCAGCACCCGCGACUUUGCCGAGCUCUACAACCUCGGCCUGCCCGUCGCCGCCGUCUACUUCAACUGCCAGAGGGAGACCGGAACCGGCGGGAGGAGGAUGUGAUCAUGAUCACCAGCUCCUUGUAGUACGAUACUAGUAGUAUAUGUGACCACAGGAUAUGACGAUGAUGAUGAUGGUGGUGAGGAUGAAGUCGAUCGUAUGGGUGGUUUGAUUAUACAGGGCGAAAUGGAGAAAGCAUUUGUAAUGUUCGAGAUAAUAACUAUGCGUGCGACAUUUUUGGUCCGAUGCUCGUGCAUGCUACGUACUUCUGAACCACACAGAUUGAAAAGAUGUUGGGAUCCAACGGGCCAGCCGGGAGAUCGUACGGAAAUCAGAUGGAAAUUGUCGUGCGGGUAGCGUCGCUGUAUUUGUAAUGUAUAUGUGUGAACUGUCUUUAUACUUUGUAGAAAUGUAUUAUUGGGUGCUUGUGGUUGUUCAUUUGCCACCCCACCUCCUCUCUACCGGAAGUAAUUUUCUUACAAGACGGCUAUCUCUUCUGGUCCCAAUAUUGUUUUCACGUCUUAAGAAAUGUAACAGGUUAUUUC